AUGUGGUGGAGAAGCGGUCAUGGCAUUGCUCUACUUAAGAUGGCUCCUCCGGAUUGUCCCCGGGGGAUAAGAUCCUUCUCCCUUCUCUCCUCCCAGCCUCAACCUCAGCUGUUCCUGGAGAAGCCGGAUGGCACGGAAGUUCCAGCCACAGAACAAGACAUGUUUGCAUAUCGCCGGCAUCGAUGGCUAUCCAAUGAGGAUAGGGAACUUGCGCUCCGAUAUCUGCCAUUUGAUAUCCAGAACCUGAUUAAAGUUGCUGUCCAUGCUGUCGGCGAUCAUGCACGCUGCUGCACAAAGAUACUCAAGUGCGCCGAAGGUCUUCACAAUAAAGCCUUCCUCUUAACUCUUGACACCAGGGAGGAAGUACUUGCCAAGCUUCCAAACCCUAAUGCUGGCCCUUCACACUAUCUUACGGCAUCGGAAGUUGCUACAAGGGAGUUUCUCCGUGAAGUUGCUAGCAUUCCGAUUCCUAGGGCCUUAUCAUGGUCGUCGAAUCCUGAAAAUCCAGUUGGAGCGGAAUAUAUCAUUGAAGAAAAGGCUGCUGGUACUAGAUUAGGAAGCUUGUGGCAUCAAUGGCCCCGAGAAUCAAAGCUACGCGUGGUAGAACAAAUCAUCAGCUUUGAGCAUGUUCUUACAACAGUGAAAUUCUCAAAGCAUGGCUCAAUUUAUUUUAAAGAGGACCUGCCACAGGCUGCCUGUAGAGGAAACAGCCCCCUUUUGAUUGACCCGCCACCCACCCUAGUUGACCCAGAUCGUUACAUUGUUGGACUUCUCGCAAGGGCAGAGCUUUGGAGCAAUGGGCGGGAAAAGAUGGACUUUGAUCGAGGCCCUUGGCAAAAGGCGGAAGAUUAUGCGAGAGCUAUAGGGGAAAACGAGAUGGCUUGGAUCAAAGCACAUGCUUCACCCCGGAUGGACGCCUACGUUUUUUCAAGAGAACUCGAGUCACCGAACCAAGCUCUCAAUCUCUUAUCAAAGUAUCUGGGUGCUGUCCCUUACCUGAUACCCAAUGACCAAGCGUCUAGUGCGAACGUUCUUUGGCAUCCUGAUCUCUAUCUGGAUAAUAUCUUUGUUGACCCAGAGACGUGUGAAAUUACUGGUAUCGUCGAUUGGCAGGGUACGAGCGUCGCCCCUCUCUUUUACCAAUCUUGCGUUCCUAAGACGUUUAGGCACGAGGGCCCUGUUCGUGAGGGAUGGGUUAUCCCAUCACGUCCCGAUAAUUUUGACAGCCUAACUCAAGAGGAACAAAUUCAAGUCGACCGGGGCCUUGAAAGCGAAACUAUACACAAAUACUAUGAGGCCAUAGUAUGCAAGCGUUCUCCGCAUCAUUGGGAAGUUUUGAAAGAGAUGAGAGAUAUACAGCUCAAACGCAAUCCUACCUGGCUUGUCACAGGGGUCUGGGAUAACCGUGACCUGUUCUUCCUGCGUCAGAGUCUGAUUGCUAUUGAGGCUCUGUGGGAUAGGCUACGGCCUGAUGAGACGGUUGAGGCCCCAUUCUCGUUCACACGAGAAGAGUUAGACCUUCACAUGAAGGAGGAUGAAAAUAUCACAGGUGUCGGACAGAUGCUGAAGCUAUUUCGAGACCAGGGGAUUCUCCCCGUGGAUGGAAUGGUGGACCCAGAGGACUAUGGCACCGCAAGGGCUAAUUGUCGGAAGUUCAAGGAUAUUUUCAUUGGGGCUGCAAAGGAUGGACAGGAAAGAGAACUGUUUUCUGAACUAUGGCCAUAUCAGGAUCGGGAAUAA